AUGAGCGAUUAUAUACCGAAAGCUCACCCCAAUGGACCCAGGCCGCCUUCUAUGUACCAAUCGAGCCACUCUGUGGGCGAUGCUGCAGCCGUACCUCGACCCGUGUCGACGCGUUCCAUUCGCCCUGCUCGACCGGUAUCUGGUGUGACCCAACAAAAUGCCAUGCUUGGAUCACCAAUAAAUUCGUCCCCUUCUUCUUCUUCUACAACGCCUCUCUCAUUAUAUCCCUCACAUGAGCCUCCAGUGCCAUCGAGCGAGGGUGUUUACCAAAGGGACACUGCACCGAGUAUUGUUGGUCAGGGCGUUGGCACUGCCCUAGCAACAAGAGCUACAUCUACACCGCAAUUCUCCUCAACGGGAAUGCAGUACAAUUCUCUUCCUACGAACGUUGAUGCCUCCGUCCCUAACGCAAGGAUUGGUGCUCUCCCCCCUGUCACCUCCCCGCAAAGGACCUUGGCACCUCAACCUUUAGAUGCACCAUACAAUGCACAUGUGCCUACUUUAAGGGGUCCUCAGCCGUUGAUGCCAGAGUCGACGUACAGGCAAGCUGAGUCACCGCGGCCCAGGACUUCCCUAUCCCCUGCAACAAGCGCACCACCACCACCUAAGCCUACACCACCCCCACCGAAAACUCAAGAAAAUCGGCCUCGUGGUCUAAAAAAGCUUCUUGCUAUGAUGACAUGUUCAUCAUCCACAGUGGAGACGGCCUUAGAUGCACAUCAGGGAUCAACAUCACCGUCCAAACCCUCCGCAUCUCCCUCUCAAACGCGUACCUCGAUUCCUCCUGUAAAUGAGCCGAUCCCAACCAUACAGGAAGAACUUCCAAGAUCUUCUUCUCGACCCUACUCUGGCUUCCGCCCGCGCACAUCCAUGACAACAGAGGUGGCUGAGCCAUUGGCUGACAUCAAUAAUACCCACACGCUGCUCCGUGUGCCAACCUCGACGAAUCGACACAGUCUUGCGACCUCUACGUCGUCUUCUCAUUCCAGCGACGAGGAAGAUAUGAUGCAGGAUGUCAUUACGCAAGUCUCUCCGAAUGCACCUAUCGCUAUGGGCAUGUCCGAUCCUGAGCUAGAGCAGGAAAUAUUUGCGGUGGAGCAACGUCUAAUCCAACAGGGCGGAACUGGUGUCCCCCUGGAUGAGCAUGGCCAACCCUGUCCACUCCUUUCUCAGAUUUCAAACCAAGAUGCCACACGCAAAUGUCUAGUUCUUGACCUGGACGAAACACUCGUGCACAGCAGUUUCAAGAUGGUGCCCAAUGCCGACUUCGUCGUACCUGUCGAAAUCGAAGGUAUCAUGCAUAAUGUCUAUGUUAUUAAGCGGCCAGGUGUGGAUGAAUUUCUUCGAUUGAUGGGUCAGAUUUACGAGGUGGUUAUUUUUACGGCUAGUUUGAACAAGUAUGCCGAUCCAGUGAUUGAUAUUCUCGAUAUCCAUCGGGUUGUUCGCCAUCGCUUAUUUCGUGAAUCGUGCUACAAUCAUUAUGGAAGCUAUGUGAAGGACCUCUCUCAACUUGGCCGACCCUUGCACGAUACCAUUAUCCUCGAUAAUUCACCUGCCUCUUAUAUCUUCCAUCCCACCAAUGCUGUUCCUGUGUCCAGUUGGUUUAAUGACCCUCAUGAUACCGAGUUGACUGACUUAUGUCCUUUCCUUGAAGAUCUUUGCUACGUGGACGACGUGCGUAUCGUCCUUGAUGGCUUUAUUGAUACGGCAUAA